AUGAAGAUAUCCGUUUUUAUCGGUCAUGAUCCAUGGUUGAAAAUCUCCCGUCCAAGAGGUUGUGAAGAAGACUAUCCGUUUUAUCGAGUGGUCAAUAUUCUUGGAAGAAGAUAUCAGGUUUUAUCGAUCCCGUUGCAAAUGGAAUGGUCGAGAUCCUGCGAAGAAGAUAUCCGUUCUGAUCGAUCCAAUCAAAUGGUCUUGAUCCUAAGAAGAUAUCCGGUCUUAUCGAUCCCAUUGCAAAAUGUCUUGAUCCUUCGAAGAAAGAUACCCGGUCUUUUCGAUCCCAUCAAAUGGUCGUUAUCCUUCGAAGAAGAUAUCGAUCCCAUUAAAUGGUCAUGGUCCUUCGAAGGAAACUAUCCAUUCUUAUUGAUCCCAUUGCAAAAUGGUCGAAGAUGUACAAUCUUAUCGAUCCUUCGAAGGUACUUACGAUCCCAUCAAGUGGUCGCGAUUCUUGGAAGAAAGCUAUCCGUUCUUAUCGAUCCCAUUGCAAUGGUCGUGAUUCUUGGAAGAAAAAAUUCGUUUCAUCGAUCCCGUCGUGAACCUUCGAAGGUACUUAUCGAUCCCAUCAAGUGGUCGCGAUUCUUGGAAGAAAAUCAUCCAUUCUUAUCGAUCCCAUUGCAAAUGGUCGUGAUUCUUGGAAGAAAACUAUCC